AUGAGACAAUUAGGAGCCAGUUCUGUACUAGCUAGUGAGUGCAAUAUUUCAUACAAUGACCUCGACCUUAUUUUCUCGGUCGAUCUGACCUCACAGAAGCAGUAUGAACAGGUCAAACAGGUGGUCCUUGACAGCCUGCUGGACCUCUUGCCGGAGGGGACCUCCAAGAAGAGGAUGUCUGCCAGUACCUUGAAAGAGGCAUACGUCUCUAAAAUGGUUAAAGUGAAUGAAAACGACCGUUGGUCCCUAAUUGCCCUGGGAAACAACAGAACCAAAUCUGUCGAACUUAAGUUUGUCGAUCAAAUGAGACGAAAAUACGAGUUCUCUGUCGACUCCUUUCAUAUCAUACUGGAUACAUUAUUCCUUUUCUACGAAUGCGCGAAAAUGUCGAUAUCUGAAAACUUUUAUCCCACAGUACUUGGGGAAAGUGUUUACGGGGAUUUCGACGAGGCAUUAUACCAUCUUCAACAGAAACUGAUUGCUACUAAGCACCCGGAGGAAAUACGAGGUGGUGGACUUCUCAAAUACUGCAAUCUGCUGGUUAAAAACUAUAGACCAGCGUUACCGGAGCAGGUGAAAGGAAUGGAAAGAUACAUGUGCAGCAGAUUCUUUAUUGAUUUCCCAGACCUCACCCAGCAGGAGAAUAAAUUGAUCAAAUUCCUAGACAAUCAUUUCUUAGGGGCUGGUGACCAGUUAAAGUAUGACUACCUGAUGAUCCUGUACCAGGUGGUUGACGAGUCCACGGUCUGCCUCAUGGGACACGAGAGGAGGCAAACUCUGGCUCUCAUCCAACAUCUCAGCUGUAACGUAUUUCUUCCAUACGAGGAUCCAAUCUCGUCGAGUAGCACUGCCUGGUGUGUUACAUCUCAUCUUAUUCAAUCCCAUCCUUCACACACACAAUCAUCCCAUCUCAUCACCUCUCAUCCACAAAUUUCUCAUCCUCCCCCUUCCUCUCAUCCACCUCCGCCCACGUCCUCCCAUCCUCCCCCGUCCUCCCACCUGUCCUCAGGACAAUGCAGUCCUAUGUCCACGUCAAGUUCUAGUCCUAGUCUAAGUCCUAAACCCUGUGAGGACUGGGGUCUAGGAGGGGGUGUGGUAGAUUUUACAGUUCCACCUCCAAGGAUAACCAUAUCUCCCUCUAUACCACCCAUACAGCCGGGGAUAGAGAUGACUAAACAAACGAUAACAUUUCAGCAGGUACAACCCGGAGCUGUAACUCCCUUGAACCAACCUUCUCAAUGUUCUCUACCCAGUCAAACCAACAUACCAACCUACGAGAUCAUCACAUCAUGCCAGCCCAGGGUGCUCUACUCCAACGGAUACUAUUUCACCACCUUCCCUAACCCUGGGAGCACCAACACCACCAGCUACCCCGACACCUCGGCCUCCUCCGCCCCCUGUUACACCUGUUCUUGCAGCUGUCAGGGGUCUCUACAGUGGACCAUCUCACCCAAUCAAACCACGUGAUACGUCAACUCACAGUACACACAGUGCCAUCUUUAAUUCACUGAGCCAAACCAAACCUGCGCCAGUAUUUAAGUGAAUACACUUGCAGUACUCAGUCCAUGUACAUAAUGUACUUACUGUGGAAAAUCAAACCAAAUUUAAUCCAAGGAUAAGCUCUAACUCUGAGUUGAUAGCGUUGUACUCAAGCUUAUUAUGUGUUAAAUGUGCAAUGUACUGGAUAUAUUCUCCUCUCUACAAACCAAACAUAUUACCUGCAACUAGUCCAUAGGAGUCUUCUUCCAGGAUCCGUUGCUUUCAGGACUACCUGGAGAAGAAUUCAUUCUUCCAUGGAGUCCAUAGUUUUACGUCAACCUGGAGAAAGAUUUUUUCUACCACGGAGUCCGUAGUUUCUGUACAACCCGGAGAAGAGAAUAUUUGUGCAAACCACCCUGGUGAUCCAAUGAGAACCUGAAUCUGUUACAGCAAGGAGAAUCCCAAACUGCUUGCCCCAAAGCAAUCUUUUUUCUACCCCGGGAAGAUAUGAUUGUUGCUUCUUCCUUCCUUCUAUCCUUCCAUCCUCCUUUACUCCCCCACACCUGCUGUUUAAUGUGUAGAUUGUAAGAAGAAGGGAAACUGCCUUCUUUAUGCGGCGAGGGAGAGAUGGCGAAACUAACGUUAUUUUCGAGGGCGAGGUGGCGACCCCUUCUUUCUUACGAGGACAAGGUGGCGACCCUUUCUUUUAUUGACGAGGGAGAGAGGGCGAAAUUCCUUGAUUUACGAAGGAGAGAGGGCGAACCUUCCCUUCAUUUACGAGGGAGAGAGGGCGAGCCUUCCUUUUAUUUUCGACGUGACGGUGGCAAACCUUCCACGAUUUACGGGAUUAAAAGUUUUUUAAUCUUUAUGAAUGUGAAGAACUAGGUGUAGCUGAACAUAAAACUAUUUUACAUACAACAAAAAACAAGAAAAAAACAGGAGGUUGGCGCUUCAUUUGGAAAAAAGGCAUUUUUUUUGUUUUGAACUCUGUGCAUAAAAAUACAAAACAAAUGAAACCAGAAGUCAGAAGUUCCUAUAGCGAUGUACACAAAUUAGGGAUUUGGUUAUACUUGUACAUGUGUGUACUGCAUAUAUCUUGUUAAUGUACAUAUUGUACAUAAAUAUUCAAACUGACGAUCCCUCAUUACCGUGUAAUCUGUGGCGUAAACUCAUAUAUUCACAUGACUAUUCAAUCAGAAAUUAUAUCAAACAAAUUUCGGCCUUACAGUUUAUGAAAUAGUUCUCCUUCUUCAGACCCCUUUCUCUCUCUCUCUCUCUCUCUUCAAAUUUCAUCCUCAUUUCUAAAUUUCACUUUUUUUCUAAAUUUUUUAUGUUUAUCUCUACUUUUCUUUUCCACUGUUUUUCUUCACAAUGUUUAUUUUUUUUAUUUUUUUUUCAUACUUUCUCUAUGAUCCCUCCCUCCCCUUAAAUAUAUACUAAAACUAAGUAAAAACUUUAUAAAAAUACAUCGCCCGUAUUCUCAAAUUUGUAUUCUUUUUCACGACCAUAGUUUCUAUUAUAUUUUUAAUUAGCUUUUAAACAUAUAUAUCUAUAUAUAAUCAAAAUUGUGUGUUAUAACGUAUUAAUGUUUAAAUUAUUCUUUAAGUCUUUUUAAGCGAUGUUUUUUUCUCAAUAGGGGCUGGUUUCUUAAUAAGAGAGCAAAUGCAAAUCAAUUUAUCAUAAUGGUUCAAACUUUAAAUCACUCAGGGAUAUUCCGUUUUAGUUUAAAUAUUUCAUAUUUACAUAUACCCUUGAUUGGUUUAUAUUAUUGCAAGUUAAAACAUUGUCCUCUACAGCUUUAACAUAUAUUUGUACAACCAUACUGUGACGUGUCGUCUUCAUAAUGGCCUGUUUUCUCAUUUGGUGGAUUUGUUAAAAGUAAUACGGUGAAAACUGAACUUCUUUUUGAUUUUUAAUACUAAUCGAUUUUAACUGCGACAUUUUCAAACUGAUAAUGUUGGGUUUUUGAUUAGCACAAAACAUUUCGUAGAUUUUCUUGAAGACGACGUUUAUCGAUAAAUUGUGAUGGUUGUUUUGUACAUUUAUUAUUAACAGCUCGCUCUUUAUAAUCUCUUAAAAUUCACAUUUAAAAAAAAUUUGUUGUUGGGCCUGAUUUUUUUUCUUUCCGAAGGACAAAAAUAGUCAAAACCUAUUUCAUCCAAAAAUG